AUGGGCUUGCCGCUACCCAAAAAGGCACCUUACCGGCGGAGACACCAGCCCAAGCACUCGGUGUUCCAGUCUCCAGUCCCUGGGAUCCCCGGGAACUCCCCACCCUCGCUCCGUAAAGCGGGUGCGGCUCGAGCGCACGAAAGGUUCGGCUCGGGCGAUCCCACGGGCUCCACCAAGCUCAGCCUCACCGCGGAAGAUAGCUCGGUCACGAGCUUGCCCGCACUGCGGAAAGCCGCCAAUAGCGUGGCUUCAAUGGGCCCUCUGAACGACGAACCCAUGGGAAUCUGCGCAUUGGUCCGCACUCGAUCCCGAGCGGCGCGCGUUGGGCGCACCUUGUCGCGGGAGCGGAAAGCCAAGCCCAAACCUCAAGAUACUGAUGACGACGAUGACAUUGAUACUCAAGUUUCCGCAGUUUGAACCACCAGCCAGCCAUUCCUCUGCAUCCACUUCAUCCUUCUUCCUUUUUGUAUUGAUGUAUUUGCUACCAAACCACAUCAACCAAUUCACCGACAGACG